CAGGUCUGCAACGUCAUGGAGCCGAACCAGAACAACUGGCUGCAGACGGGCUGGAUUGCCAGGCGUGAUGGCCAGAGGAUCUUCAUCGAGCUGAAGUUCACCCUGCGGGACUGCAACAGCAUCCCUGGGGUGAUGGGCACCUGCAAGGAGACUUUCAAUCUGUACUACGUCGAGUCUGACUCCGACCUGGGCCGUAGCGUCCAUGAGAACAAGCACACCAAGAUCGACACCAUUGCUGCUGACGAGAGCUUCACGCAGGGGGACCUGGGUGAGCGUAAGAUGAAGCUGAACACCGAGCUGAGGGAGAUUGGGCACCUGAGCAAGAGAGGCUUCCACCUGGGCUUCCAGGACGUGGGCGCCUGCGUGGCGCUGGUCUCUGUGCGGGUCUACUACAAGAAGUGCCUCGCCACCGUGCAGAACCUGGCCGUGUUUCCGGACACGGUGGCAGAGACAGCCUUCGCGACUUUGGUGGAAGUUAAGGGCGCUUGUGUUGCUCACGCCGAGGUGGAUGUGGAUAAUCCCCCCCGGAUGCACUGCAGCGCGGAGGGCGAGUGGCUGGUCCCCAUAGGGAAGUGCACGUGUGGCCCCGGCUUCGAGGAGAAGGACGGGGGAUGCAGAGCUUGCCUUCCUGGAUUUUACAAGCUUUCCCUCCGUCUCCCUUUCUGUUCUCCUUGCCCUGAGCACAGCUUUGCGCAUGAGGAAGCCUCCACGUUCUGCUCGUGCCAGAAGAACUACUCCCGGUCCCCGUCAGACCCACCAUCUGCCUCCUGCACACGUAAGCCUCGCUCAGCCGCCGGCUCUUUGCAAAGCGAGGGGUGGUCGGGGCUCAGCAAACGCCCCGAUCUGACGGAGAAGCGGGACGAGCUGGUAACGGCUGAUUUCCCCACGCAGCUUUCCCAGUGCCUGCUGCGAGGCCACUGGUGUGAACGGGCGGGUCGGUCGCUGCAGCCCCUGCACCCCACUGUGCUCUGGCCCCCGGCGCUCACCGGGGUGAUCCAGGGACCACCCUUCCGCGUGCCAGGACCGUGCCACCCCGCCGCGGCCAGCAACGGCACCGAGUACGAGGUCAAGUACUACGAGAAGGAUCAGAGAGAUCAAAGUUACUCAACUGUGAAAACCACAUCAACAGCCGUGACAGUGAAUAACCUGAAGCCUGGCACCCUCUAUAUUUUCCAAAUCCGGACAUCUUCCUCGCCGGACGACGGGAGCUACAACCCUAGUAUUGAAGUGGAGACGCUGGCAGAGCAUCUCACCAGGUCCCUUCUGUGGGGCCACCACAGAGGCGCUGGAAGGGAGCGAGCGUUGGUCCCUGCUGCCAAGGGCAUGAUCCUGCCCGGGUCUGCGGUGCUGUGCAGCCCCCAGCAGGCGCUGCAGAGUCAGGAUGGCAGAGGCGGGGAGGCCAGCCUGGAGAUCCAGCCGGCCUUGGAUGCGUGCCCCGGGCAGUGUGGGUACAGCAAAGCCAGCCAGGAUGGGGACGAGGAGCUGUACUUCCACUUUAAAAUCCCGACGAGGAGGACGUACAUCGACCCCGACACGUGCGAAGACCCCCUGCAGGCCGUGCACCUCUUUGCCAAAGAGCUGGAUAACGCCAGCGUCAAGAUUGAGAGGAUCAUCAGGACAGGAGAGUUUGGAGAAAUCUGCCGGGGGUGCCUGAAGCUGCCCAGCAAGCGAGUGCCAGAGCUGCCCGAGCGAGGGGCAGGACUCAGGCAGCGCUCCUUGUCUGUCCGUGCAGGGAGCACCAUGAUGAUCGUGAUGGAGUACGUGGGGAACGGCGUGCUGGAUGCUUUUCUCAGGAAGCACGAGGGACAGCUCACGGCCACCCAGCUCGUUUGCAUGUUGCAGGGGAUUGCCUCCGGCAUGAAGUACCUGGCAGAGAUGGGUUACAUACAUAAAAGCCUCGCUGCCCACAAAGUCCUUGUGAACAGCAGCCUGGCGUGCAAAAUAACUGGCUUCAGGCGGCCGCAAGAGGAUAAGAUGGAGACCAUCUUCUCCACCAUGCGCGGGAAGAGCCUGGUGCUGUGGUCGGCCCCCGAAGCCAUCCAGUAUCACCACUUCAGUCCGGCCAGCGACGUGUGGAGCUUUGGCAUCGUCAUGUGGGAAGUCAUGUCCUACGGCGAGAGACCCUACUGGGACAUGUCCAACCAGGACGUGAUGAAGGCUGUGGAGGACGGGGUCCGUCUGCCUGCCCCGCUGAACUGCCAGCCGCCCCUCCACCAGCUCAUGCUCGACUGCUGGCAGAAGGACCGCAGCCAGAGACCCAAGUUCUCGCACAUCCACACCGUCCUGAGCACGAUGGUGCAGAGCCUGCAGCCCCCGAAGUGCCCCGGCUCCACGUGCACCAGCGCGUCCAUCCCCCUCGCCGAGCGCACCUUCUCAGCCUUCCCCUCCUUCAGCUCUGUGGGCGAGUGGCUGGAAGCGAUAGAAAUGGGCAGGUACAGAGACAAUUUCACCGCUGCGGGCUACUGCUACCUGGAAUCGGUGGCCAGGAUGACAGCCCAGGACGUCCUCAGCCUGGGGAUCGUGCUGGCGGAGCACCAGCAGACCAUCCUGAGUGGGAUCCAGACCCUCCGGGCCCAGGUGAUCCAGAUGCAUGGCCGAGGCGUGCAGGUGUGAA